AACAUAUUACAGCCCAUUCUGACCCCCCCAACACGCAGAGGCAGAGCUGCCAUUGCAAUCCAUCUAAGAUAUCUCCGUCGCCGCCGCCGCCGGCGGCUGCGCCAUGCUCCGCCUCCGAGAGUGCGUCGUUUCCCGUCUCCUCUCUUGGCCCUCCACCUCUCCCAUCUGCUCUCUUCGCCGCCUGCUCUCCACCACCGCAUCCGCAGCCCCCAUUUCUCCGAACCCUAGUAGCUUCGCCGUCGAGGAGUACCUCGUCGCCACCUGCGGCCUCACCCAGCCCCAAGCCGUCAAAGCCUCCAAGAAGCUCUCCCACCUUAAGUCACCCGCCAAGCCCAACGCCGUCCUCGCCUUGCUCGCCGGCCUCGGCCUCUCCGGCGCCGACGCCGCCGCCGUCGUCGCCAAAGACCCGCGGCUCCUCUGCGCCAAAGUGGACAAAACCCUGGCCCCCGUCAUCGCCGGGCUCACCGGCCUCGGCCUGUCUAGUCCUGAGAUUGGCCAACUGGUCUCGCUUGCCCGCACCCGCUUUCGCUGCAGACCCGUCGUCCCCAGGCUGCAGUACUACCUGCCCCUCUUCGGCUCAUUCGACAACUUCCUCCGGCUGCUCAAGCGCGAAUCCAACCUUCUCUCGAUCGACCUUGACAAGGUGGUCAAGCCCAAUGUCGUGUUCCUGAGGGAGUGCGGGCUAGGUGAUUGUGAUAUUGCCAAGCUGAGUAUCCGUGUGCCUAGGAUGCUCAUCACCAACCUGGAGCGCGUCCGGGCGAUGGUGGCACGUGCCGAAACAUUAGGCGUGCCCCGUCGCUCCGGGAUGCUCAAGGAAGCGUUGCAGGCUGUCGCGUUUCUCAGCGAGGAGAAGAUUGCCGCCAAACUGGACUACUUGAAGAAUACGUUCAGGUGGUCUGAUGCCGAAGCUUGCAUUGCUGUGCGCAAGUAUCCGUGUGUGUUGAAGAAGUCAAAGGAAUCUCUGAAGCGCAAGUCUGAGUUCCUGGUCUCUGAGGUGGGGCUGGAACCCGUGUCCAUUGCUCAUCGACCGGUAGUUCUCAGUCUUAGCCUGGAGGGCCGGCUCAGACCCCGGUACUAUGUUAUAAAGUUUCUCAAGGAAAAUGGACUGCUAGAUCGUGACCCGAGCUUAUAUUCUGCGGUCAACAUGACUGAGAAGGUAUUUAUGAAGAAACUCAUAUCCCCUCACAAGGAAGCUGCACCACACCUCGCUGAAGACUAUGCAACAGCUUGCAAAGGGGAAGUGCCAACUAAUUUCAGAUUCAUGUGAACAAAAAAGGGCUAUGGGAAUUGGUUACAGUGUAUUGCGCAACAAAGUUAUCACCCUGCAUGUAAGCUUGUACUUUGUGUUUUGGUGUUCUUUGCAUAACAUGCUGUUGCCUGUUGCUAAAUGCUAACUCCCUAUGAAACUGGUAAUUUGAUUCCUGAACCUCUAUUUGUUGAUGGUGUCAUUCCUUAGAGAAGAUCUCUGUAAGUGAGAAGUUCCUGGAUAUAUUUGUGUUUCCAACUUCCAUGAAAAUCAUGAAACUUGGAUGUGGUGGGUGAACCAAUUUUAUGAUGAACCCAGCAUUCACGAAACCAGACACCAAAUGAGUAAUGUGGUGUCGUUUUCCACGAAAAUGUAUCAGUAUGAUCUGCUUCCAUGCCAAAAUUUAUUUACCAUGCAUGUUCAUUCACAUUUCUUUGUCUUUUAGGUUCCACCGUAUAUGUCAAUUAGUACUAACAUUGUUUUCUAUUUAGGUUAGACUUACAGACACCAAGACCUUCUACUGGCUGUCCGUUCUAUAACCUAAAGAGUGGCAAAUUAUUGUGAUUUGUGAUGUAUAUGUGUUCUGGCUGUGUUCAUUGAGCAACAGGGGUAACAAUCCCAGCUGCUGUUUCCAUGCCAUUAUAUACAAACAUUUUUCCUGUUUGAACACAUGAAAGAUCACAGCCAUUUAGAUCUGAAAAAGAAGAGAAAAUUGCAUCAACUACUUGUACUGUUUAAAAGCUGCAAAUUGCAGCUGAUGACCGACAAGAUGAGAAAUAGUAUAGAUUCAGUGAACACAGAGUAUAUACCUAGGUGAUGAAUAGUAUAAAUUCAGAUAAGAUGGGCAUCAGUACGAAAAAAUCACCCUGCUGUUAAGAUUCAUAAACUUUUCUUAAAAGAGUUUUACUUGAGCAAAAUUAAUAGUUAAGAUAGCUUGAUACUCCAUCCGUCCCAAAUAAGUGUCUCUAAAGUUGAGACACUUAUUUUGGGACGGAGGGAGUAUCUUUAACGGGGAUCAGAAUCAUGUUUAUGCAGAAGUUACAACUAACUAUCUCUCAAGUAAAAGAAAAACAAGUUAGUCUGAUUUAAAUUUUCUUGCACUGAAGCAUAAUAUGGUGAUUCUGAAUUACCACAUUAAGCAUGAGUAUAUUUUUCUGACUUUGAAAUGAUGGAUGCUGCAAGUGGUUUGAGGUUUCUAAUGAUCAGUUCAGACUAUUAAACAUUAGUUUCUGUUUGAAGAAGUGGGUGUUUCGAUUGAUGCGUCAGGUCAAAAUUGCAUAUGUGAUUUUGGUUAACAUUGCAAUGACCACUUUUCUUGGAACACAAAACUAAGUUAUUAUUAUAUACUAGCCCCCCAUGAUUCUGUUGUAUGUAAAUUCAGUUUUGUGUCCUGGCUACACAUUUGUUUAGGUGCAGACCUGUCCCUCUGCCUGGUGCUAUUAGGCGUGCCCUUUCAGAAACCAGCAUUGUGUUGUGGCACAGCUGUUUAUGUUUAUAUAGUUUAUACAUUCCAGCUACAAAGAUUUAAGUAUCUACAUGUUGCAAAAGAAAAGAGUAUCCACAUCCAGUAGUAUCUAACAUUUAAAUUCAGUUCUUUCUCCACACUGAUUCACGUCCAAUAUUCAGCUUGUUUCUUGCAGCUAGUUCUGCUUUAGUUAUCAACCCUCCCUUGGAAAAAAGAAGGUAGCACCGACGAUUGCAGUUAAUAACUUAAAAUUGUAUCUUCACUUCAUUCUUUUUACUUAAUAUUUCUGUCAAGACUAACUACAAAUUUCGACCAUGGUAUGUUAUGAAAUAAUAAAAAGGAAAAUAUGAUAGAAUGUUGCAAAAAAAAAGAGCGAUUGCAUGCUCCCUCAGCAGAAGCAGCAAAGCUCGGGGCAUUCUAGGCAUCAUCAUCUGGCACAUUGGCACUGAUGUUUUCCGUGCCAGAAGCAGUUGAUCCAAGGUGGAUGAUGCAGCCCAGGAGCAAGUGGUGAAGAACAUUCCUGAAGCGGCCCUAUGCUACCUGGUCGGGCCUUCUUAUGACAAUUUUUUUAUUGGAUCUGGAACUUGAUUGCUUCUCCUUGCGCAGUAGUAGAGCAUAACAUGGUUUCUAAUGUUCAGUUCUACCUACUGUACCGCCUACUGAAAUGAAGUGAUGCCUAGUUAAGAUGCGCUGUCCUGAAUUUGUUUUAGGACAGCAGCUGCUGUCGUUACCUAACCCCAAAAGGACAGAUGCACUGUUCUUAACUUUUAGGAUACCAACUGUUGUUUGUAUCUUUGAGUGGCUCAUAAUCAGUUAACCAUGUCUCCGGCCGGCCAGGACUCUGUUCGAUCAAUGUAUUUGUUUGGCCUGGAGUGCUCCUGAUGCCGAUCGCCCUUAAUGGAUGCUCGUCGAAUUUGGUAGUUGCUCCAGUUGAUUAGCAUUUUUUACCACACAUAAAAUUCGAUGGAUGCAUCAGGUGUUGCUGUUACGUGUUUGGUUUUAGUGCUUCGCCAAGACACUUGCUGAACUUGCUGAUGAGAUGCAAGGGUUGCGGUCAUGUCAGGUAGUCUUGUACCGCCUACUGAAAUGUAAUUCCUAAGAUGCACUGUGUUGAAUUUUUUAGCAGGACAAUGGUUGCUGCUGAUAUUUGCCGGUGCUGAACUGCAAACUGAUAGACAAACUGUUCAAAGUUGUUAUGAUAUCAGCUGUUGUUUAUAUAUCUUUUGAGUGGCUGACUUGAAACUCAAAUCGAGAUUGUUAUCUGCUCAUAAGCUGCAGGUACUAAUUGCCAUCUUUAUCUCCGUUUGAGAUGACGAACUCUUUCCAACUUCGGAUUACUUGAGUUGGGAGCUAUGUACCAGGCACAAGAUGGCCCAUGUAGCAGAGCAAAAACUCGAGCGUAGUUGCCUCGGUGACGUGCUGCCGGCGAAGAAGGAUGUCGGCAACCUCGCCGAGCUCAUCCCGUCGCUGCCUGUCGAGAAGCGGUUACUGCUGCCACCCGUCGGCUCGCAGAGGUGACAGUACCGUGGGUACUGGUUCCCGGAGUGGCACCUGUCGGCCCUGGCGGCAGCCCGCGACCACUUCGAGCCCAAGCCAACAGACAUCUUCCUGCAGGAGCAGCAAAACUCGUGGCAUUCUAGGCAUCAUCACCUUUCACAUUGGCACUGGCGUUUUCCUUGCCAGAAGCAAUCGAGCCAAGGCGGAUGAUGCAACCCAGGCCAGGAGCAACUACUGCUGUCGUUGCCUAACGCCAAAAGGAAAUUUCCUUGGAGCUUUGGCAACACGACCUAUAAGUGCACGCCCAAUUGGUAAUAGUCCUGGAAGCAUCGCUGAAAUUGUUGCUAUUCUGAUACUGCCUGCUCCGUGGAUUGCUGUUCUGAUCUCUAUGCUUUCCCAGUGUGGAAGCUACAAUAUGUACACGUUAAAACAGAAAUUCAGAGUGUUUGGAUGAUGUCAGUUUAGCAUUAUAUAGAUGAUAAAUGCGAUGAUGUUGUUUCUAUUAAUGUGAAACUUUGAUCGAUCGAUGGGGUGUAAGUUUGAAUUAGUGCAGCUAUCUAGUCUGUCUUAAAACCAUUGACAAUGCUCAAGAUUUGCCGAGGGCUCUGAUGGACAACGCAAGGGAAAUAUUAAUAACCAUCA